CUCUUCGCCAAUCCGUGCUCCCUUCAUUGUCCGACGAUCCUUGCGGCUGGCCGCUGUUCUUUGUCGUCCGCUGGUCGCGUGAAGCUUCUCUGCCCCGCAGUCCGCAGUCCGCAGCCCGCAGCCCGCAGCUGCUCAGCUUACCGACUGAACGAUUCCCCCCCUCCCAGAACCAUUUCCACCCGAGCUCUCCUCUCAGCCACCGACCAGGCUAUAAACAAUCGCCCGCCAUGUUCGGUGUGAUUGCGGACGCGCUGUCCUCGGUCAUCACAAUCCUCCUCCCCGUUUUCGCCUCCUACAAAGCUCUCCGCUCCGCCGAGCCUUCCCAGCUGGCACCAUGGCUCAUGUACUGGGUGGUUCUGUCGGUGGUGCUGAUGGCGGAGUCGUGGACGGUCUUCAUCCUGGGAUGGAUCCCCUUCUAUAGCUGGAUCCGUUUCUUCUUCUUCUCGUACCUCGUCCUGCCCCAGACCCAGGGAGCCCGGCUGUUGUACCAGGACUACGUCGAUCCGUUCCUGGAGCACCACGAGCGCGAGAUCGAGGAGUUCAUCGGCCGCAGCCACGAGCGCGCCAAGGCGCUGGGCCUCCAGUACUUCUACCAAGCUCUGGACUACAUCCGAGAGAACGUGCUGGGCUUGCCGGCCCAGCGCCCCGCCCCGCCCCCUCCGGCGAGUGGUCCGGCCGCGUAUGCGCAGUCGCUGCUUUCCCGAUUCAACAUUCCCACUGCUGCCGGAGCCAGCGCGCCGGCCGGAGAACCCGCUCCCGCUGCGAGCAAUGACUGGUUCUCCGCCAUCAGCUCCGCGGUGGCAUCCGUGGCGGCGUCCGCCGGCAAGACCCCUGAGGCACGCGGCGAGGCGCUGUCCGCCAGUGGUACCCUGCUGCCCCGCGAACUGGCUUCCAUGUCCCGCGCGGACCGCGCCAACUUCAUCUCCAACCAGCGCGACCUGCUGGAGGUGCUGCGCAGCGCCCUGGCCAAGGAGGAACGCGACCUGCACAGCGAAUCCGACGACCUGGCGUACGGUCCGCCGCUGCGCAAGAACCGCAGCGAGAACUCCUUCACCCACGUCGAGCACGAGGACACCCAGGAACGCUCCCCCGAUGGCCACGGUCGCACCAGCAGCGGAAACUGGGCGUCGGGCUGGUUUGGAGGCCAGGCCGCCGGCUCCUCUGGCGUCGACCACGGUCAUGAGGCCGCGCGCAACCGGCAGUAGACUGGGCGAUAUACUGAUUCGCUUCCCUUCCCUCCCCCCGGACCUUUGUAUUCAUGUCUAUGAAAACUUAGAAUGACAUACCUACUCUUAUCUGAC